AUGUGUGGGGACCGUCUGGCACCUCGAAGUGCCCUUCAGGAAAGAAAUGUAAUAAACUUUGGCCAGCAGGUGGAAAGGUGUAUCUUCUGCCAGAAGAAUUUUGGCGAAUCUUAUAUUUCUGGCAGACACUGCCAUGAAAAGACCAAACAUACCGAAAGGAUGACCUACAAGAGAUACUCUGCUUUCUUCUUGCCGACCAGCUAUGCCGACUUUCUAGUUUUGUUACAUAAAAUCGGGAGGAUGAACACAGAGCUCAGCCAGGCACAUUUUCAAUGCAUUUUUCUGCUCAAUAUAAUUUUCAUGUUUUCUGUAAGACCUCAUAGCAUCAGACUGACAGACUUUAUGAAAUUAAUUGAAGGGAAUGUUCAAAUGGCUUCUUAUAUCCAGGAGGUGACCAAGAACACUGCAAGGGAUGUCCUUCAACUCAUCACCCAGACCUCCGAAAACCUGAAGAUGAUGGAAGUUUCAGAACAUUUUGACCCCAUCCAAGAACUUGGGACGGGUUCAUAUGGAAAGGUCCUCCUUGCCAAACAUCGGGAUUCAGGUCAGUUAGUGGCCGUGAAGCUGCUUAACAAGGAGAAGGUUCCAAUGGACAACUUCAUGGUUGAAUAUGGGUUGUCUGUCAACCUCAGUGGUCAUCCCAAUAUCAUUAUGACCCAUGAAGUUGUCUUUCAUACAAGCAAAGACUAUGUGUUUGUCCAGGAGGCGGCAAUGGCUGGAACUCUUUUUUCCCUAAUAAAGCCAAAUGUUGGAUUAAAUGAAGAUACAGUGAAGCGCUGCAUUCCUCAGAUAGCGAGUGCAUUGGAAUACAUGCACAGCAAAGGGGUGGUCCACCGUGACAUCAAGCUGGACAAUAUUCUGCUAAUGGACUUUGAAUGUAAUACAAUCAAAGUGGCAGAUUUUGGACUGGCAAGGCUCCAGGGAACCGAAGCACCAUCCAUGUCCUGGUUCAUACCGUACACAGCUCCGGAACUGUGUAGCCGAAAACAAGGAGAUCAGUUGCUUCUACACCCGAGCAUUGAUAUCUGGUCCUUUGGUGUCCUGAUUUACGCAGCUUUGUCUGGAUCAUUCCCUUGGAAAGAAGCAGAGGGUUGUGACCCAAUUUACAGGGGCUUUGCUUGGUGGCAAGCCAGAAAGGAUCUGACCUUAGCACCAGAAAAGUGGAAGAAGUUCUCUCUUGAAGCCAGGCAAAUGUUCUGGGACCUUUUGGCCCUCAAUGCUUCCGAGAGGUGCUCAGCCAUGGACAUUCUAAAAUAUCUUCAUGUGCCAUGGAAAGCAGAAAUACUUUCAGAAAACCAAACAAGGAAAACUGUAAUUCAAAUGGCCUACAGAGGAAAUGAUGCUCAUUCUGGAGCUACCACUAGUGCCUCCUCAUGUCUUCUACCUGAUGAGAAAACUUCACUUGCUAUAGGAGCUGAGGUGGAAAUUGCAUAG